AUGUCGUCAUCAUUGCGUGGUGCCCCUUGCUUCCGCUCCGUUGGCAUCGAACUGGACAACGACACAAAGGCUGUCCUCGUGGCCGGCGACGCAGACGUGGCGGCCGACCUGCUCGAGCAGCUCUUUGCCGCCUUCUACGCCGACGGCGGAGGCUCGGUGGGCGGUGCCGGACAAGGCGGGUCAGAGGCUGGCGGCAUGACCCCUGGCGGUGGUGGCGAGGGUGAGCGCAGCCUCGCGCCGGCAUCAUCGCUCGACGCGCUGCACCCGGACACUACCAUCAUCGCGGCGGCGCAGCACGGGCGCGACCCGGCUAUCGGCUCGGGCGUGACGUCGGUGGUGACGCGGCAGACGCUGCUGUCUAACUUUCUGCCACGCGACUACUCGCGCGUCUCACUCGACAUCAAAAAGCUCUCUGCGGCGGUCUCGCCCGACAACGCCGAUAACAUGCUCGAGUUCUUCAUCGUCACCAUCCAGCUCAAGAUCGGGCUCAAGACAAAGACCGUGGUCAACUUUCUCACCGCCACGCCCGAGCGCUUUGACGACAUUGUCCGGCACGGCUUCAAGGGCUCGUUCCGCCCGGUCAUCAAGUGGUACCAGGCCCUAUUCUCAAAGUCCAAGAAGAUACUCGCCCUCAUGCACCAGCGGCCGGGCGAUCUCGACUUUGUGCUCGCCACCCUUCAGUCGGGCUUCCGCUCGACCUCGCGCGACGUUGCCCUUUGGACCUGCCGCAUGUUCACUCGCCUCUCGUUUGCGCUCGCCAAGCAGGGACUCGGCCCGGAGCUCUGGCGCUGGUUUAUCACGCCGGUCACCGGUGGCAUGGAUUGCCUCGUCGAGUCGUUUGCCCGCCACCAUGACAUCAAGGCUGCGCUCUUUGGCGUCUUUGACGUCUUUGGCCGCUCUUCCUUCCAUGAGCUCUUCCACACCCACCUCCCACGCAAGCUCGCCCAGCCGCAUCGCUACAUGGCCUUUGUCCACGAGAUGCUCGAGCCGCUCGCCGCCCAUUCGGCUGCUCGUGCUGCCAUCGUCAAGGACGGCACCUUUGAGCUCCUUCUCGAGCAGGGCCUCUCUGGAGCGUCAGGCGACCGCCAUCCGGCGCUCCGCAUGACCGCCGUCCUCUUCCUGGCAGAGUUCUGGAACCUGUUUGAGCCCGAGCUGGCGUCGCGGCCCGAGACCGAGACCAUUCUUGCUCUCCUCAAAAAGGCCACCCGCGACGCGUCGAUCCCGCUCCGCAUCACCGCCCUCACCCUGCUGUUCAACCUCAUGGAAGAGUUUGCGGGUGCCCGCCGCAAGCGGACGGCGCAAAAUUCUGAUGCGACAGGCCUCGGCGCCUCGAUCUACAAGACACUCGUCAUUGCGCUUGUCGACGCCCAGGGCACCUCGACCAUCCGCCCAUUCCUUCUCUCUAACUUUGCGGUUUUCUUUCAGUCGCUGGCGGCGCAAAAGGCCGACAACCCGCUCCCGCUCUCGCUUCUCCUCGAUCCACUCAUCAAGCAGCUGACCGGGUGCAUGUUGAGCAUGGAGGACUUUGACUUUCUGUUGGUCAUUGCCAAGCUGCCGUGGCUCUCACGCGCGCACGUCCUUCUCCUCCUCCAGUUCCUUGGCACCGUCACCGUCGAGGACACGCUCUACGGCCGCGUCGCCGCAAUCCCGUUUCUCAUCCUCAUCAACCGCUUCCACAAGGAACGCCGCGUCCAGGCCUACCUCGCCGAGUUUGCAUCGGCGACGUUGCAGUUCUUUGUCUCGACCACGCCGCCGUCGAUCAUGCCCAAGUACGACCCUGCCAACAAGUCGGUUCGCCCUACCCCGCAGCGCAUGGAGGUCGAGGAGUGGAAGCGGCGCAAGAUCCUUGUUCUCGAGGUCCUGGCCAAGGUCAUCCACCUCUACCACGAUACGCUCAACGCCGAACUUCGGCCCAUCAUUUACUCGGUCCUCUCCAAGCACCGCGACGAGGAUGGCCUCCGCGCCCUGCUCCAGUUUUGCGAAGACGCCGACGCCCGCCACUAUGAGCAGCAGCCGUCGAACCUACAUGCCACCCACACCGCGUCGUCUGCCAACAAGUCUGCCGCUGACGGCCGCGGCGAGCCGCCAGACCUCUCGGCUUGGCAAGGCUACACCAUCGAUGAGGUCCAGGAUCUUGCCGCUGCCGGCGAGAUCGACUCUGCCACCGCUCGUGCCGUCUCGGACGCCAUCCUUGCUGGCGUUCUCGACGGCGGCCGCUACCGCGAGGACGAGGCCUAUGACCGCGGCCGCGGGCCAACGAGCGACGCCGAUCGGCGUGGACAGUAUUUAGCCGACAAUGACACUGCCAUUGCCAUCGACCACCACGCAGAUGGCGAUGACGGCUACAGAGCACCCGAUGACGGCUACUACCCGCCGGAGCAUUCCGAGUAUGCCACGCCACCGCGUCGUGAGGAGCCUGGUGCAUGGGGCGAUGAGACCACGCCUGUCCGGCCCAAGGACUGGACGCCGCCACAGGUGACUGGCCUCACGCCCGAGCUCGCCUCCCGCAUUGACGACGACAUUGCUCGCGCCCGCGAGAAGCGGCUGCAGCGUGACCGUGAGCGGUACGACAAGGAGAUGGAGGCCAAGUUCCGGACUGAGCGCCUGCUCGAAAAGACGGCAGUCGUCGUCGAUUACAAGUCGGAGAAGGAGGCAUACCAGUCGCGCAAGCGGCAAGCCCGGUGGGACGCGCUCUGGGCCAGUGCCGACGUCGAGGACAUCGAGUUUCUGGACGAUGCCGAAGAAGCCGCGCUCUGGGUGAUCUGCGGCAUGUUCGACGAGGUCACCGAGGGCGGCCUGCUCUUCCCCAAGAUGCCGUCCAAGCGGGUGGUCAAGCCCGAGGAUAUUGCCCGGCUGUACAAUGCGGCUUCGACCAAGCGCGAGGAAAUGGCUCGCCGCCGUGCUGCCGCCAAGGAACGCGAGGAGCGCGAGCGCCUCGUCCGCGAAGAAAAGUUCCGCCGCCAUCAACAGGAGCUCGAGGCCAAGCGCGAUGACAUUGAGCGGUACCGGCGCGAGAAGGCCGUCGCUGCCGAGCGCGCCCGCCGGAGCAAGGUCGCCGCUGAGGAGAAGAAGAAGGAGCAGGAGCGCGAGAAGCGCGAGCGCGAUGCUCGCGAGCGCAAGCGGAUCAAGCGCGAGAUCCGCGAGGCCAAGAAGGCCAAGGCCGCUGCCGAGGCCCGCAAGAAGGAAGAGGCCGCCCGCAAGGCCGCCGAGGCUGAGGCCCGCAAGGCGGAAAAGUACGAGCAGUGGCGGGCUGAGGCGCAGGCCAAGUACCGGCGCGACAAGGCGCGCAAGGAGGCCGAGGACAAGCGCAAGGCCGAGGAGGAGAAGGCCAAGGCCAAGGAAGAGCGCCGCCGCAAGGCUGCCAAGCGCGCCGCCGCGCAGCGUGAGCACGAGGAGAAGAAGAAGCUCAUCGCUCAACACAAGGCCGAGCUCCGACGCAAGGAGCAGGCUGAGGCCGCCGAGCGUGCUGAGGCUGAGCGCGUCGCCAAGGAAGAGAAGGACAAGCAGAUGCGCGCCGCCGCCGCCCGCCGCAAGGAGCGCGAGCGCGCACGUGCCACCGCCGCCGCCAAGGCCAAGGCCGCCGAGGAGGAGAAGGCGGCUGCCGAAGAGGCCGAGCGCAAACGACGUGCUGCAUUGGUCCGCAAACGCGCGCUCGAGGCCUCGUCGCGCGCAAACUCAGUAGCCGGCUCGGAGCUCGCCCGCGCCGCCCGGGAGGAGCGCGAGCGCAGCAGGCGCGUGGAGCAGGAGCGUCGCGAGCGCGAGGAGCGUGAGAAGCGCGAGAAGCGGCAGCGCGAGCAACUUGCCAAGCGCGAGCGCGAGAAGGCUGAGCGCGAGAAGCGCGAGCGCGCCAAACUCGACGACAAAGCUCGUGCCGAGCGCGAGCGCGAAGACCGUGCCCGUGCUGAGCGCGAAGCCCGCGAGCGUGCUGAGCGUGAGCGGCGCGAGCGCGAGGACCGCGAGCGGCGCGCGUACGAAGACCGCGAGCGGCGCGAGCGCGCCGAGCGCGAGCGGCGCGAGCGUGAAGACCGUGAACAGCGUGAACGCAGCGACCGCACCGAGCGCGAGCGGCGCGAGCGUGAGGCUCAUGAGCGCGACGAGCGCGAGCGGCGCGAGCGCGACGAGCGUGAGCGGCGCGAGCGCGAAGCUGCACUCCAGACACGGGCCAGCGGCGGGGCCGACUCGCGGGCCUCCGCCCGUGGCGACUCGCGGGCGUCGGUCCGGACCGACUCGCGGGCCUCCGCCCGUGCUCAGACCCCGCCGCAGCGCACGUCGUCGGUUAAGAAGGCCGACUCGCCCAAGCGCGUGCCGUCGACCAAGAAGGCCGGCGGGAGCAGCGGUGGAGCGGCCAAGUCGGCCAACGAGCAGGCGGUCCUCGACGCGCUGGCUGCGAUGGAGGCCGCCGGAUACCACCCGAACCGGACGCUGACGGCGUCGACGUCGGUUGUCGAGGCGCUCGAGCAGUUUGUUGAGGUCCUUGAGACCAAGUCUGAGGCCGUCGACGAUGCCGACGACGAGAUGGCGUUCCUGGAAAUGAUGGAGGAGCUGACCGACGUGGCCGACGAGGUCGACACCGCCGCUACCAUGCUCAUGGUCGACUCGACCGACACCGCCGCCCGCAGCCAGCUUGACGAGGUCGUGGCCCAAGCGAAGGACGCCGUCUCGCGCGCCUCGGUCCUCAUGGUGCGGUUUGCGUAGCAGUAAAGCGAUAGCUACUGCC